CAAAACUAGCUAGCUGCUACAAUAAUCAAGCAAUUAAAGAUGAAAGUUUUGGCUCUAGCCUUGCUCUUGUUGCCCUUCUUGGCCUCGUUUCUCCGUCAUUUCGGGCCGCCGGAAACAGGGGAAGCAGAUGGGCCAUGCGAGAGCGUGAGCUCAAUCAUCAGCCGUCAGAUGUUCGAGGAAAUGCUUAAACACCGCGGCGAUCUCAGGUGCCCCGGCAGCUUCUACACUUACGAUGCGUUCAUCGCCGCCGCAGAGGUGUUUCCCGGCUUUGGAAGAACCGGCACCCUCGACAUUUGCCGGCGAGAACUUGCGGCCUUCUUCGGCCAGACUUCUCAUGAGACCAGAGGUAGGCCGCAUGCACCACCUCUUCCCAUCAAAUGACUACAAGUAAUUAAUCAAAACUUUAUAUUUAAAGAAGGGACUCAAUCGUACUUAUAGCUAAUUUAUCAUUUAAACUUUUAACAUUAGUGUAUAUUAGUAUAUUACCGAAGAAAUCAAUUUGAUAAGAUAUGGAUCUCGAUGUAAUUUCGAUAAAAUAAUUUUGAGAGUUAAUUUUUAAAUUGGAGCAGUGAUUCAAGCAAAUGUAAAGACAUAGUCAAGCUUAGUGACUCGAUGAAAUAAAACCAAGACAUCAAAAUUGAUCAAAUUUGGAGCCCAAAUGAGCUUAUAUAAAA